AUGUCCCCCGUACCCGCCAUGCCGUCCGCAAAUCCCCGCCGCUCCAUUCUCGGCCGCCGCCGUCGCGAGACCGUACUCACCGACCUGCCCGACGACGUUCUCCUGCGCAUCCUCUCGGCCGCGCUGUCGCUACGGACACACGGGCACGUCUCCCAGCGCUCCAUCGCGCGCUUCCACCGGCACGCGCCUGUGCUCGCUCAGCUAUCGCGCCGCUUCCUCUCUCUGAUGCGCGCGCUGGUCGUGUCCGUGCACGCCUUCUCGCCGCGCGACCAGCCGUGGGCCCGCUCGAUGGUCGUCUUCGCGCGCGACUCGCUGCGCGCGCUGCACAUCGCCCACGCCCCCGUGCGCCCGCGCCCGCGCUGCGACUCGCUGCCGCUGCUGCUUGCGGAGGCCCGCCCGCCGCUGCGCGAGCUGGCCCUGGCCGGCCACGCCUCGGCCCCCUUCGAGCACGUCGUCGCCAUGCUCCGCGCCUUCCCGUAUCUGCGCGAGCUCGACAUACAGUGCCCGCGACCCAUGGACGUGGCCGCUGUCGCGCGCGCGUGCACCGCCCUCGUCAGGCUCAGCUUGGGCCCCGUUAGUCAUGUGCGAGACGUUGACGAGAUGCGCAGGCAGUUUGUCAACCUUGUCUGCUCGCCCGUGGCGCGCAAGUUGCGUACGCUUAACAUUCCGUGGAGCUGCGUUACAACUGAGGCGUUUGCAAAGAUGGCAACCAAUUGCGACAGCCUGGAGAGGUUUGGCGCCGAGUUUGGUGCCAUGCAUUGGAUCCGCCAUCGCGCGUUCAAGGCCUCGGAUAAGAACGACUUUUAUGUGGACUUGUGCGCGUGUGCGCGCGAGCAGAGGCUGCUGUUUAGCGCCAUGUUGGGCGCCGUCGUCAAAGGCGGCAGGCUCAAGUCGUUUGCCGUUCGGACUAUGGAUGGCAUCCCAGCCACCGAUCUCGACCUCGUGUUUCGCACCCUCCCGCGCUUGCACGACUUGGACUUGCUGGUGGGCAGCUCUUCCAAACCUACCGUCUUCUCGCACAAAAGCUUUGCUUUGCUCACCCGUUCGCUCGGCUCCACUGUGCGCAGGCUGAAUGUCGUGGGCGUCAGUUUCACAGCCGCUCAGGUCCACCAGCUGGCCACCUCAUUCCCCCACUUAUCCUCGCUGAGCUUGUGGAUGGCGGAAAAUCAGCGCCCGCCGUUGGAUGUCUUUGAAAACUUUGGCCCCAGGAUUAAGCAUUUGAGCAUUCUUUGUGAGUGGACUGCCGAUAUGUGUCACGCUGUCGGCAUGCAUAACACCGAGCUGGAAUCGUUGUUUGUUGUCGCCCGCUCGUUGCCGCUGAGUGCGGUGCAGGCCACCGUUUUGAACAAUGGCGCGACUAUGAGAGAGUUUCGGCUGUUUCUAAAUCGCAAGAAUCUCGUCGUACCGCCCGGGAGCAACGGCAGCGGUAAUAUCGCCGUCAGUGUGCCGCUGCAGGGGAAUGCGCCCAAGAUGGCCGCGGAGGCUGAGACGGCCAGUUUUGUCCUCGAUGCCGCGAGGGUGGUGGCGCAGGCGUGUUCGGCCAACUUGGAAGUGCUCAACAUCAGUGCCAGCGGCGGUGGAGAGAAGUGGUUUGUGGAUUGUUCCAGCAUUGCCUCAGAGCUUCGACGGAUUGCGCCGCGGCUAUGGGGCGUGUGCGAUGUCGAUGCGGACCGAAGCGGUGCAUGA